AUGCCGAGAGGCAUCUUUCAAAGUGCCGUUGAUGCACGAGCUUCGAGCAAGUUUCGCCGUGUGAGUGAGUUGCUUGCUGGACACGGUCCGCACGCGGAGGCGACUCCCACACACUUACUUUUUCCAGACGGACAUACAUACACACACGGGACCGGAGCGGUGUGGCCAAGUUUAGAACAUUGCCAGCAGCGCGACUCGGGGGUGACGCACGUCGUUGGAGGAGCUGAGGUUCAGUGUGGCCCACCAAUUUCGCCUAGCCCGCCGAACCAACCGGGGAGAUCAACCUGUCUGGAGCCAGCGAGUCGGUCGGGUGGAGCGAUGGCGCUACACACGAAGAUGCUCUUGGAUACCGUCCGGUUGGCUUGCGUUUUCUCUUUGCUUGUUGUUGGAAGUGACACGCUCUACGCGAGGAGUGAACCCGGGGAGCCGCCCGAAUACUGCACCGUCUUCCACCACAUGGUGAAAAGCGCGGGCUCGACCGUCAAGAGCUUGCUUCACAGAGCUACACGCAACGAAGGUCUCCCGAGACCAGCGGUGUGCAUAAAUGGGCAUGCCAGAACAGAUGCUUGCUUGGAAGCCAUCAACUCUUCUGCGAUCAUCACGGGAUACGCGGAACUGAUAAGAUAUCCUUUGGAGGUUAACAGAAGGGAAUGCGACUACUUCACGAUGUUGAGACAUCCCAUCGAUCGCCUGGUGUCGGCAUUUUUCUACUGCCCAACGGACCACGAUGUCCAACUGAGGCCUCGGAAGUGGUGUGGGCACGCGGAGCACCCGGUGCCCGCCACCGAGCGCCUGCUGGACUUCGCGCAGGAGAGCUGGCAGAAUAAGGCGUUCAAGCAGAUGACGUUCGGCUUGUACUGCCCCCCUGACACCUUCUGCGACGAGGCGGAGGUUGAGUCACCGCAGAUGCUGGACGAACCCGGUAUGCUAGAUAUCCUCCAGCAGGUCCAGAACACCUUGGCGGGAUAUACGGCAGUGGGUAUUAUGGAACACUGGGACUUGUCUAUGCAGCUCUUCAACGCGCGCGUGCGGUCACCCGUGCGUGAGUGGAACAUGUUCAAGCAGAGAAAUCCGGGGGUAAUGUCCGGGCUUCGCGAUGAGGUGCUUCAAUGGGCUCACGAAAGCCCGGCCAUUCACCGCGUAAUAGGAACAGAUAUGCUGUUGUACUACUUUGCGCUGUCCAUUUUCAAGCAGCAGACGACUGCAUCACUUGGUACGAAUUGGCUCGAGAUGUGAUCUCUCUGUCACGACCGUACUCGCGAACAUUUUGGUAUGCCCGAUGGCAGCUGACUCCCACGAGCGGUACGACAGUGUAGUUCUUGUUCAGAUUUUUGGGGGUGUAUGGUGCUGUUUCGCCGUUCCUUCGGAAUGAUGUGUGGAGUGUUUCUCGAUUCGCCUUAUAUGAACACGAAGACUGGUGUGACCGAAGCAGUGAUCACGAUUGGUCUCGUUAAAGAGGCGACUUAUUGUUUCUUAAAAAUAUUUUUAAAAUGAUUCAUUUUCUUUUUUUUGCCGUUUGUAGGCUCCUUGUAUCUUGUGUCCUCAUGUGUCGAGAUAUAGACAAAAUGAGCGCGAUCUCUUGUACCUGGCAUCGUAUCGGAUAAGAGGUCAACGCUUGGUAUUAAAAUGUACAUCGGUUGGGCAGACUAGAGCUUAGCGAUGCUGCCCAGAGGGUGUUUGUGUUGUGUAGUAUUGAAGUCACCUUGUUGCAUACGGCGACAGGCUACAGAACCGCAGAAAAGCAUGGCAACGGUGUCUUGUGUGUGUUGGUGAAUUUUGACGUCCACGAACCUUUAGCGACCCCCUGUGGCCUAAGGUUCACCUCGUACCUACUGGCAGCAGGUUGUGGGUUCGAUUCUCUCUUAGGAACGUUUUAUUUGCCUACAAAUAGCUUGGACAGACCGAGGUAGACAGAAAGCCGAGUGUUUUGCUUCCAGGCGCGAAAAAAACUACUUCUACGUGUUUGUUAAUGUACUUGUUUCUUUUUAUUUUCAGUUUGGGUUGUGCCAUACGAAUAUGCGGUGGGAACUAAUUAAUUUCGCGAAUGAACGCAGUAUUG